AAGGCGUUGCCGAUUCUCCCUCUUACAGCUCUCGUCCCUCCAGUGCCGACGGUAGAGAAAGACCUUACUCCAGGGGCCUGCUCCUCACUGAGGCACUGCCGGAAAGAGCAAACAAAAAAGGCGCUGGUGUAGGCUCCAAAAUAAACACAUCUGAAUUCAGGAUGGCAUCGACAGAGGCUCUUAUUGGAUUAAAAGUUUUCAAACAAACAAAAACGCUUUGGAAAAAGCAGGGUUGAAUGCCUGCCUACACCCUUAGGCCCCACCAUGGAGAAGGGUGGUAACAUACAACUGGAGAUCCCUGACUUCAGCAACUCUGUCCUGAGCCAUCUCAACCAGCUGCGCAUGCAGGGCCGGCUCUGCGAUAUCGUGGUCAACGUGCAGGGACAAGCUUUUCGGGCUCACAAAGUGGUACUCGCGGCCAGCUCCCCCUAUUUCCGGGAUCACAUGUCCUUGAACGAGAUGAGUACUGUCUCCAUUUCCGUCAUCAAGAACCCGACAGUUUUUGAGCAGCUCCUUUCUUUCUGUUACACAGGGCGGAUAUGCCUGCAGCUGGCAGAUAUCAUCAGCUACCUGACAGCUGCCAGUUUUCUGCAAAUGCAGCAUAUUAUAGACAAAUGCACACAGAUUCUGGAGGGCAUUCACUUCAAGAUUAACGUGGCUGAGGUCGAAGCAGAAUUAAGUCAAACGAGGACAAAGCAUCCGGAGAGACCUCCAGAGUCUCACAGGGUUACACCAACUCUAAACCGCUCCCUUAGCCCACGACAUAAUGCCCCAAAGGGAAGCCGGCGAGGUCAGGUUAGUGCUGUGCUGGACAUCAGGGAGCUCAGUCCUCCCGAGGAGUCCACCAGCCCUCAGAUCAUUGAACAGAGUUCUGAUGUAGAGAGCCGGGAGCCCAUUCUUCGGAUCAACCGAGCAGGACAGUGGUAUGUGGAAACAGGAGUAGCAGACCGAGGGGCACGGAGUGAUGAUGAAGUGAGGGUUCUUGGAGCAGUGCACAUCAAAACAGAAAAUCUAGAGGAGUGGUUGGGGCCUGAGAAUCAGCCUUCCGGAGAAGACGGGAGCAGUGCCGAGGAAGUCACAGCCAUGGUGAUUGACACCACAGGCCAUGGUUCCGUAGCACAGGAAAAUUACGCUUUAGGAUCUUCAGGAGCCAAGGUGGCUCGGCCAACAAGCAGUGAGAUUGACAGAUUUAGCCCCUCCGGCAGUGUUGUCCCCUUGACGGAGAGACACAGAGCCCGAAGUGAGUCUCCUGGGAGAAUGGAUGAGCCUAAGCAGCCCAGCUCCCAGGUAGAAGAGUCAGCAAUGAUGGGAGUAAGUGGAUAUGUGGAGUAUCUCCGAGAGCAGGAGGUAUCUGAGCGGUGGUUCCGGUACAAUCCCCGUCUCACCUGCAUCUACUGCGCCAAAUCUUUCAACCAGAAGGGGAGCCUGGACCGGCACAUGCGCCUGCACAUGGGGAUCACACCGUUCGUCUGUCGCAUGUGUGGCAAGAAGUACACCCGCAAAGAUCAGCUGGAGUAUCACAUCCGCAAGCACACAGGCAACAAGCCCUUUCACUGCCAUGUCUGUGGCAAAAGUUUCCCCUUCCAGGCCAUCUUGAAUCAGCACUUUCGAAAAAACCACCCUGGCUGUAUCCCCCUGGAGGGGCCUCAUAGCAUCUCCCCUGAAACAACUGUCACGUCUCGAGGACAAGUAGAGGAAGAGUCACCUUCACAAGAAGAGACAGUUGCUCCUGGGGAAAUCGCCCAAGGUUCCGUGUCCACCACUGGGCCAGAUUGAAACAUUGAGGGGGAGGGGGCAGACCCUCUUCCCCUUUGGGCCGUAAGCAGCCAGCAUCAGGGCCAUGGGCUGGUACUUCGAUUCACAAAAUGCCACAUCACUAGAUCGGAAGAUGCUCCCAAGACGUUGCCAAACUAGAGGAUCAGCAACAUACACAGAAGCACUAGAGGCUUUUUCCCUCCUCCCCACCUCACACUUUAGAAAAUAUCAAGCAAAUCAACUGUCUAAUUCAGGGAUCAACAGCCUUGGUUUGUUAACUUUAUAAGAAAAAAUUUUUUUAACAAAACCAUGAGAAAUGGUCAUUUAUCUACCAGUCACGUUUGAACACUGUCCUUUGGUCCAUAUCAUCCUGGUGGCUGUCACUUGCCCAGAUCUAAAACAUGCAGCAGGAGCCUUGGUCAUCGGAAGCAGCCUAGCACAGAGAGAAGGGAGUAAUCUUGAUGGUGAUGAUGAGGAAUUCCUUUUAUUCCUUCCGGCCAGAUCCUGCAGUUCCAAAUUUCAAGGAAAAGGAAAAAAAAGAAUCCUGGUGCUUCUUACUGUUUUGAGAGGUUAGACCUUAUCUUUGCCCUGACCAGGCAUCUGCUGCGAUGGGUUGUUUUCUGUAACAGUGGUGCUGGAGCAGAGCUCUGUGGCAGCAUCCCCUGAAGCACUUUGGGCAACUGGAAGUGAAAUGACAGUGGUGUUUGCAAUAGGUACCGCUAAGCGCGGGGGCUAGAGUGCUGAGUUGAGGUGAGGGGAGCAGAGAGGGAAGUUUUGGGUUUGCAAAUUUGGAACAGUACAGAGCCUACUGCAGCUUACUGAUUGGUAUUUGUAAACCAGAGUGCUUGUAUAUCUUUGGGUAUUAGGAAAUGGCUCUAGUCCAGAUGAAUUAACGUGUUAGGCUGACUACCAAAGUUUCAUCCAGUCUCUUCGGCUCCUACUGUCACAUAACAGCAAUAGUAUAUAUCAAAAAUGUCACUUUCCAGUGAAAUGAGCCUGGAUUGUAUUUUUAAAUCCACAGGUCUCCCUAUUUGAUAACUUUUAUAUGAAGUUUUAAACACAUUUUUUUCUGCAGUAUUCUGGUUGAAGAAAUUCAACACUAUGGUUCUUAUUGCAGCCACAAUUCCAUUUCCUUCUACAUAAGUAAUAGUUUAUAUUUUCAGUCCAAUAGAAGAACCUCACUAAAUCCAUGUCUCAUGUCUGCCAACCUAGUAUUUCAUAAACCAACCAUCAGCAAAUUGCUGGUGACUCCAAGAGCUUUGCUUUUUAAUAAUACAGUACAGGGCAUUUACCAGAAAACAUCAGGCACAAUCAUGUUGCAAUAAAUUGAUCAAGGCAUCAGUUUUGAUCAGCUUGAUUACUUAAUCAUUCCUAAGAUUUUUGAAACUUCAAGAGACCUUUUUGGUAAAUCUGAGAUUCUUAAUCCAGCACUGAGAGUCAGGAAGAAUUUACCAAGAGCAUAGAGCUUUAGAUGCCCUGUCUUGCAUGCAGAGAAUGAGGGAGGAUUUUUAAGGGGUGCAGGCAAGUAGAUGCUUACAAGUCACAGUGCAAAUAGAAAAGCGAAAAAUCUCUAGCUUCUCUUAAUGAUCAUUAAAAUGUUAAGGGUAUUUAAAUGUUUAGUAGUUUAAGAAAUUGUUUUGGUGCGGAGGCAUAGAUUGUAAAAGGGACUUGGGAGAGGGGCUGGUGCCUGCACUGGUGAGCCACUUGUGAAAGUGUUAGUAGUGCUCUCCCUUCCUGAGAAUGCUUUGUGGUAUGUGGAAAGGGGGACAGAAAAGGUGGCAUUUCUUUGAUGAUAGGACGUUAGAUGCAAAGGGUAACUCUUAAGCAAUCUGAGAAUUGUUCAUACACAUACAGCUGCCCUGUGUCACUAGGGAAUGGUUCUUUUGUCGCUUCUAGAAAAACAGAAGUGUGUCUUUUAAUAGGAAUGUAAUAAUGCUACCAUUUGUUAAGAGCCUACCCUUAAACGUAGUGUUGAAGCUGUAUUUUAUCUUUAGAAGACGUAUACCGGGACACCAUGAUAGGGUAAAAACUCAUGCGUAGGGCCAUCUUAGGGACCAGGUAGGUUCUGUGGCCUAGAAGUGAGACUAAAAUCUAUAGGGAAACAUUUCAGCUGGUAAUCAAGGCUUUCAGUGGACAGAUCUUGCCAUUACUAAAUAGGUGAGAAGUACAGAAUAUGCUGCUUUAGAUGGAGCUUUUAAGCCUACCAAAAAAAUAUUAAGUUCAUCCUACUUUUGAGAAGUAGUAUGCUGGAAAGUUCUUGUUGCUUUGUUAGUUUUCUUAGAUUUUUCUGUGAGAAAAUAGAGCUUUUUAAACUAUUACCAAAUCAUAAAGGUGAAGUGCAGUAAUUUCUGUAAAGAGAAACUUUGCAGCGUUUGUCAGUACUCCACCUGGGAUUGGCAGCAAACACUUUGAAUGCAGUAGGGACUGUCUAAUAGAUAUGGAAAUGCUGUGAGUGUUUGGUGGGCUCCCUGCCCUUUUCAUUCACUUCUAAUAGCUUUUGCUGUGUUGAUACUGUGAAUAGAGUGCUUCCAGGUCGUCUAGGACCCCAUCAGCACAAUCAUCUUUGCUGGUUCUCUCCUCUUCACUGGUCUAGUCCAGAGCCAUGAGGUUCGUGAAAAUUCAAGUUUCCUGAAAGCAAUCUCCCCAUUUUAGUUAGGAGAGAGAUUGUUAUUCUGAAUACCCAAGGUUCUCCUCCAGGUUCACUGUGACGUUGCCCUAGUUCUUAGCUAACGUCACUGGGUUGUAGGAAUUAGUAGUGUUCUGUCUACAUCAGUGAAUCGCUAUAUUGUUGUGUGCACAGAGGAUACCUCUCUUAAAGGUGUACUAAAUGGACUUUAGCUAAUGCUGAAAACUAUUACCAAAUCUUAACUUGCACAUGUCACCUUGUGAAGGGAACUGCAUUAGCAAUGAGAGCUAAACCAUCAUUACAUACCUUAACGCCGAGAAAUAGCUAACACUGGGGCUGUUUUUAUUCACUGAGUGGCUCCUCAUAGCAAAGGAGGUACCCAAUAUUCUCAGCAAAAGAAGAGAGAGGGCAACUUUCGUUCUAAGAGGUACCUUGCAUCCUCUCUGAGCUCUGAUACCAGAAUAAAAGGCAGCGUUGGCAUGCGCAGUAACACUGUACUGGGGCAGAAAGGCUCUUUCUAAUGACCUGUUCUCUUUUUACUCAGAACCAUAUUUACCUCUGAACUGAGUUGAGUUUUAUUUUAUGUAACUGGCAAACUACCCCCGAGCCAUUUCAUUGUACCAGAGGGUUAAAUCUAAUUUUGAAUAUGUAAAAAUAAAUUACUUACUAAAAGGUAAAGAUUGUGAAAGAAGGGAGAUGGCAGUUAAGGAAAGUUUUCUUGCUAUUUUGUUUUUUUGGGGUUUUUUUAAUGUUUCCAGUUCCUUCUACAUCUGUGAAACGGGGUUUUCCAAAGAUGGUUUAACAUAUAGAAAUAAGCCAUUUUCCUCCAAACUCCAUAGUUGAAAUUUGACCUUGGUUGGAAAGUGGUCUGCCAAAGAGAGAAAUAGUGAACAUCCUUAAUAGCUGAAUAGUCUUUCGUCAACAAAUAACUUUAAAAAGUGUUAGCUGUUACUUGACACUGGUUUUGUUUCUUUUAACUGGUAAAAACUACAUUUUGUUUAAAUGAAAGCAAUGGGUAAAGGAAAAGAAAUUAAAUUGAACAAAGACAAAGGUCUUCUGAAUCAUAGUGGAAAGGCAUAGUCAGGAAGGAGUUUGAAUUCUGGAAGUUUUUCUUAAAUACAACAGACAUGGUUUUUUCUCUUCCUAUCUGUGUACUUAUUUAAGGAACAACAGAUAAGUCCUUAAUGAACUCAGUCUUUGAAAGCAGAGCUCUUAUGCCAUAUGGGAAAGAGUGCAAAAUAUUAAAAGUAUUUUAGUUCCUGCGAUUUAGAAGGGCCAGUAAGCAAUUUAAUCAGGUUAAUCCCUAAAUUUAAGGCUGUCCCUUAGCAAAGAACAUCCCUAGGACUCUGAAUUAGAUCGAGGUUCAACAAACUGCAGCCCCCUGGUCAAAUGCCACGGCUGCCUUUUUGUGUAAAGAAAGUGAUAGUGGACUAGGGCCGCGCCUACUCACUUGGGUGUGGUUUAUGGCCACUUUCUACUACAACUCAAAGUUGAGACCAGGUGGCCUGCAAAGCCUGAAAAUACAGAUAGCUGGCACCUGACAGAAGUUUGCCAGCUCCAAAUUAAAUUUGAAGGAAUCACCCCCCAAAUCUGUCAAUCCUGCCAUUUUGCUUUUAUAAACUCCUGAGUUUAAAAGCUUGUAAAUUCGUAUUGCCGUAUAUGCGUGUUUCCUGAAAGAGGCUGCCGUCUUUUCCUGGUUCCUUUUCUCAGCCCUCUCUGUGCUCCCUAAUAGCUCCCGUUGCUUUAAGAGCACGUAGAGUAAUCCUUAGGAUUUGACCUUGCCUUAACGGUGCAGGGAGAUGAACAUUUAGGACGGUUGUUACCGAUACAACAAAGUGAUUUUUAGAAAUAAUUCCCAUGCAUCAUAAUGUAAGGUUAAACGAGUACCAUGUUUACAUAAAAUACUGUACAAAAAAAAUAAUGUUUUUAUAAGUGAGUUUUGCCAUUCCUCUGAGUUAACUUGAACUGGCUGAAUAAUGAAAGCUCGGAUGAGUUUAUUCCCGUUAGUAUUACGAUUUUAUUUCUGUUCGGAAUAAGCGGCUUGAUUCUUACCCUGAGUGCUGUUUUUCUAGAUUAGAAGCCUCUCGCUUUUCCCUGUACUAUAAAUCUUCAUUCUGAUUUCCUCAAGUAAACUCACUCUGUUCCCUGUGGAGUACCGAAAAGCCAAAUCUUCCUUUUCUCUUUGUAAUGAGUGUUUUAAAACAUAACGAAAUAUCUGAGAUUUCAAAUUCUUCCAAGACCUAUCUCCCAAUUUCUAUUACUCUCUGUAAUUCUUCUAAAGAUAUAUUGGGCCCUUAUACAUUUGCUUUGUGAAUGUUCAUUCUUACUGUUCAAAUAGUUUGUUUAUGCUAGAUGUGAAAAAAUUGGAAAAUGUUAGGGUAAUAAUAAACAGGAUCCUUGCAAAAGGAGAACAUAAUUGUCCCCUUUCGGAAACAAAACAUGGUCCUCUGAGUUAGAUGUGCUUGUCUGAACAAAGUGUUGGAGCCAGACUGGCGCAGUCCAGGGAGUUUGCCUCUUCUUUGUGGUUGUGGCUACAACACAUGCAAAGUUCAGGUGAGUGACGCAGCUGCCCAUAGGGCACUUCCUCACCAGGCAUUUUAUCCUUAGAGUUGCCUCUUUCUAAAUUGGAUAUUAGUAGGUUCUAUAUAAUACACUCUUUUAGUAAUAAGUAAUCUUCAUCUAUAAUACUUGCCUAGAUUCACUCCGCUUUGUCUUAGAGCCCUUAUAGUAAUAGUGGGUUCGUGACUUGUGAAAGAAAUUGGAUUUAGAUACCAAGCUCAGUGAAACAUCUGCAUCCACCUCUAUUUGAGGUCUUGCUAGUAGGUGUCAUUUAAAUGUAAAUCUGUUUAAAUACGAGAAACAGUGGAGUCUGCCAAGCAUUAUGACUUCUUUGAUAAUUAUCAGUGUUGUGUUUUGCCUUCUUUGUUUUCUAGCCUCUUUCUCUGUUUCAGUCUUCUUCUUAAGUGGUGCUUUGCCCAAGGCCAGUCUUUUUGCUUUGCAGUAAGUAGGUUUCCUUGCUCAGGACAAGCCAAAGUUGGAUAUGAUGAGUACUUUGAAACACGUGACUUAGUUACAUUCCAAAGGAUGUAAUUAUUGAUGGCAACAAUGAUAUCAAAGCCUGGAAAAUAUCUGUACAGACUGCAGUUUUGUUUUGUAAGCAGACUAUCUUUUCCCUCAACUGUGAGGAACAGUGGUGACUUAGGAGGCAACUAUUACUUGAAAUAUAUGUUAUCUUCACAGAGGUUACAUGUAUAAAUAAAUUCCUUAUCGCUCAUCUUUCCCAUUAUUUAAAUAACAAAUACCUCCCGUCUUAACACAGUUAAGAACGGCCCACUAGUUCAAAUAGUGAAAGCUUUAAACAACAAAGCUAACCUAUAAAGGCAGAGCAGUUAUGGUUAAAAAAGAAAAUACUUUCCUAAUGCUUGCUUCUCUCAUGUCUACUCAGUAAGUCCUGUUGAAGUGGCUAGAAUUCACUGCCCAGUUAAGAGAGAUGUAUGUGCAGCAUUUCAUAUGGCCAACAGCACGAUUUAAUAUUAAUAAUUACCAAUUAAUAAUUACUGUGAAUCUUAGAAUCUGAAUUAAUCCAUAAUGCCAGAAGUCAGAGUAGCCUAUAAGGAAAUGUUUCCUAUUCUAUGAAAUCACUUAUCUUAAGUGAUAGGUAGCAUACAGGAGAAUCUGUUCCAUUAAGUAAAUAUUAAGUACUUUUUGGUACCAGACAAUGUGCUUGGAAUUUGUAUAACAAAAUUGAUUUUAGAUGUAGUUUAGAUGUGGCUUCCUGUAGUACUUGAGAGUCCUAAGCCCACUUGGUUGGAGUCUGGAUAUAUGCUUUUUAAAAGCCUGCACUUUUUACUGCAUAGAUAAAAGAUCAAAAAGAAGGGGACAGAAUGAGCUGCACUAAGAAAAUAACCCUUUAGAAGAACUAAGAGUAGCUGACUGUUUUGAAUGCUCACAACGUGCCAGGCACAGUUCUAUGUGCUUCACGUUGAUUAACGCACCUAUUCCUGUGACAAUCCCAUUAGGGUAGACACUGUUACUAUCCUCACUUCAGAGAGAAAGGGACCGAGACACAGAGAGGCUGACCCCCGGCAGCCCCACACAAGAGUUGACAUUCUUAAUAAGACUAUGUUGCCUUUAAUAGGUAUAAUUAUCCCACACUGUAUGGGCGAGGAAACUGAUGAGCCCAGGGUGACACCAUGGAUAAACUGCACAGCCAGCAUUUACCAGUCUGACUUCAGAGUCCAAACUAUCUUCACUACUCAUGCUGACUGUUUACUGAUAAAGGCCGGGCUGAACUGGAUUAUACAACAGCCAGUAACAGUACUGCUUAUCGUGAUCGAAGAUCUCUUUGAAAGAUAACGCAGUUGAUCGCUGAGCAGAUGUUGAAUGGUGAAAUUUUUCUGGGGAUGCCAGCCACUGAUUCAGAGGAGUCGCCCAUUCGUUAGGUCCAGUGGCGAGUGAGUGAAUGAGUUACUGCCAAGGCAGAAACUGAAAGCUAGCAUUCCAGCUGCCUACAGCUGUGUAACAGACUAUCCUAACCUCAGUGACCUAAAGCGACAGCUUUGUCUCUCUCAUGAUGUGGGUCAGAAAUUCAGGAGGAGCUCGUCUAGGCAGUUCUCUCGCUCCCUGUGGUGAUGAGUCAGAUCACUUGAUAGUAUUCAGCAGGUGGCUGGACUGGUCUGGAGUGUCCAAGACGAUCUCACCCACAUGCCUGCCACCUUUGCAGGGUGGGCUCAGCAAGCCUCCUCUCCCUCGCUGGGGCCUUGGCGACUCUCUGUGGUCUCUCCAUCACAGCAGUCAGCCUUAUUAAAAAUGGUAGCUCGGGCCUCCAAGAGGCUGGGUAGAAGGUGCCAGUCCUCUUAAAGGCCAGGCUCGCAGGUGGAAUAGUCACCACCACACAACAUUGGUCAAAGAAGUCACAGCUCAGGCCAGAUUCAAGGGGACAGCAAGUACCUGACAUGACGGAAGGCGCGUCAGGAUUGGGGCCCAUCUUCAACCUGUUAUCGGUAACGAGGCUUUUUGAUGGUGUUGACUCCUUUGUCCAUUCAUUCGGGUCCAUCAUUCGUGCCAUAGAAACCAUUUAUUAUGUCUGGCGUUGGUUGGUAAAGGAGCAACAGAUUUCAUUAGCUCCCUGCCCCUGAGUUUCCUUUAUCUUAUAGCAAAUUGUCCGUUUUUUCUUUUGUUCCAACUUGUGAGCAUUUAAGCCUGGUUUUUUGUUUUUCGAAGCCACAGAAACUGUACGUGCUGAGCCAGAAAUACUCCAGAGGGAGUGCAAAGCGUACUGUUACAGAAUUUGAGGUGUCAGCUGUAUUUAAGUUUAUAGUAGGUGAAAACUCCUGUGGUGUGGGAAAUCUGUAUGGCUACUAAAUCUCUUCCCACAGGAGUUUCUGUUGAGUGGCUAGAAGGGUCAUAUUCCUGAGAUAAUUGGAAGUCUUGCCCAUGUAUCCUAAUCCAUCUUCACUGCCACCCACUGCCUCUGGCUCAGUUUUGUGCUAGGAGAUGAGUAGGUUCUUCCCACUUUUAUUACCUUUCAUACGAGAAAAUCCAUUGCCCAAUUUUACAUUUUGUUAAUCCUUUAAGAUUACCAGUUGCUACCAGCCUCUCUUAUCUGAAAUAACAGAUCACUGAAGUUUUAUGAUACUGGUUAGAUUUGUCAGAUUUAGGAUGCUUUUAUUUUAACUGCUGCUGGCUUAUAAUAAUUAGACUCUUACUGCCAUCACAAGAAAUUAGGGGAGAGAAUAAAUUCUGCACUAAAAAUGAUCAUUCUCAAAUCAGUACACUUUCUAAGAGAAGAAAGAUUUCGGAUUAUCCAUCCAUUCCUUAUGCAGAGGAUUCCUGCAGAGUUAGCUGUAAGGGCUUCUUCUUGGUCCACCCCAGUUAUCAUAUAGCAAAGAGAUCUCUGUCCUUAGGUCAGGCCUCAGGAAUUGCAAAUACAGGAAUAAAAGGGGUACCCAGGGCUGAAGACUUUGGUUAGGAGUCUACAGAAUGCUGGGAGGGAAAAAGAAGACUUUGGAUAACCAGGGAUGGAACAUUUGGAGGCAUAUAGACAUCAACAUUAAUUCGAUUUUAUCAUGUAAGGAUUGGGGCAGAUUUUUAAAGAAUAAAAAUAAAGGAGCCUUAACAUAUUCUUUUUGAUCCACAUUUCACUCUGGCAUACCUUGAAGUCUGCUCUUUGUGACAGAGAAAGCCGUUGAAAAGAUUCCCAGGGAAUGAAAACUCACGGUAACCUAUGGAGAUGCCUCUUGCUCUGGAUUUUCUAGCUCUCUGGGCCCUCCUCUAGACUCUCGGUGACUCUUAAGUUGAAAUCAUCUGGUGGUUGCACGAAACUCAGUACUGUGGUCUAGAAUUGCAAAAGAGAACGAGUCAGAAGAAAGGGAACUUGUAGAUUGACAAAAUAUUUGUUCUUUCUUUUCAGCAUCACAAGUCUAAGCCAUUUCAAGCCAAUCACAACAACCUGAGUGAGUAGAAAUUCCGUAAGGGUUUAAAUUUCUGCUGGUAGCAACAUCUUAAAGCAGAUGUUUAUGUCAUGAGAAGGCAAUCUAUUGAGUUUUCUGUAAGAUAACAGAAUCCUAACUCGAGCAGUUCUUUAAGAACCACUGCAAAAACAGAAUGUAACACAGGGAAGAAAGCUUAAGAUGUGUUUCCUCUGAAAGCCAAGAAGCUGAAGGCCAGAGGGAGGGGGGUGCUGGGUGUGACUGAAAUCCACCUCCAGAAUGGCUGUCAGCCAGACAGCAGAGAUUUUAGAAUUUUUAUGGUAUUUGUAGUAUUUUUACAAAAGUGAUUUUAAAUCAUGUAACUUGAAGUUUUAAAAAAUGAGCCUGUUUUCUUUUUGGAAAACUGGCCCAAUAAAAGUAACACUAAUAUAAUUCACUUGUAUAUGCAUGUGCAUUGAACACAGAGUGGUAUACUAAAGAGAGUUCAUGCAUAUAACUUGUGGGAAGUUUGGCUAUUUUCUUAAUAUCGUUUUUCAUAAAUGUAUGUUUAUAAAUAUAUUUACUUGUCCACUAUGACCUUGGUAGUAUUAGGAGCAUUUUGUUAGUUGUAUCAUUGAUUCUAAAAAUCUAAUUCUUGGCACAGUCAGCUAUGAGAACUUUUCGUUGCUUUGUUUGUAUUUUCACUAAGAAAAGUAUUUCUCGCACUUUCUAUUUAUAAAAAUGUUAUAACACAUUGCACCCACUUAGUGCAGCUAUUCUUCACAGAUAAAGAUGUAGGUGCUAAAGUGAAAUGUAUGUUUAAAAGCCUGGCAAAAGGAGGGACCUCAAGAUAACCGAUUUGGCUUACAUCUACCUGGGGAGAGCCUGGGGUACAAUAUAGAAUUGAGACUGAAAGCAGCUGUCAGGAUAAGUGUGCUGCUGCUGCAAGUUGCAAUAUUGUUGUGAGUGACCAGCUCCAUGUAUGUGAUUUCAUGUAUGUAUGUGAGAAAAAGGUGUCUGAUGAAGGCAGAUAAGUCAAUGUAGAAUACACUACCUCCCAUUAAAGACUGAGCAUAUUCCAAGGUUGCCCCGCAGCCCCUUGGGCAGGAGGCUGGAUUCCUCAGCCACUGUCCCCCCCGUUCUUUCUUGUACUCACUUCAGCUCCUCUACCUCUGAGCACUUGGCUGAAGAAAGAGUGUAGUUUUCUGUAGCAAGCAAAGGAAAGCCAGACCCAAAAUACGGAGGCUGCCAGAUCCAGUUCUCCUUGUCAAGUUAGAUGUUAAUGUUUGCUUUUGUUGCCCAAAUCAAAGAGUCAGAACACUUGGGUUUAGUGCUUUGAUCUGCUGGCUCCUAUUUGGCAAGAGUAGUCAGUGGAAGUGGAGCCUUUGUGUUGUUUGAAAUGAUGCACCGAACUCCUUUCAAUAUGUGAAAAAUAUGUCUGAAUCCUGAGUUGUUGUUGUUGUCUUUUCAAUUGCCACUUACAGUCCAUUUUGGGGGGACUGGAAUAAAAACCAUGUUUUCCUGGUAAUGAGCCUUCUGCCAGUAUCUUGACAUGGAGGUGUGUGUGAUGUGGGUUUCUGGACGGCCUGUUUGGCUUUUCGUCACUCCAAAGAGAGAUGCUCCUGCUUUUAAUGCUGAUACUGUUAUAAUAGGAUGGCCUCGCUUGAAUGUCGUGGGUGUCAGGAGAUAUAGUUUCAGUAGUAAAAUGCCACUAGGCGGGCCACCUCAUCAUGAAAUCCAGUUGUUGCACUCAACUGGCUUGCUGUUUGGGGCACUGGUACACUGAACCAAGUCAGGUCACCUCCUCUUUAAACAUCUGUUACAGCUGGGGAAGGACCACUCGCCUUUGAUAGGUACCUGGCAUGCUUCCCACCUCUUCUUUCUAAUGCACUGGCUGGUUGUAAUGUCUUCUUAGGAGUGAAGAUGAGAGAGAGUGAUCCAUUUUAGAGGUUGGCUUCUGUGUUAGGUAUUAGCUAAUAAGUAUUCACUUACCCAGUGACUGGGUAGGGCAAGCGAUGAUACCGACAGUGUGAAAUUCCAAAUAAUGAGACACGCAUCACUCAUAGGUGACAACUGAUAUAGAGCAGCCUCUCUCUCAGUACAGUGCGAAUCCUGUAGGGAGAUGAGGCACUAAAAUCAAUGUGAACCUGUUCACCACAGCUAUUUUUUUUAUAACUGUAGAAUAAUUGUCAGCGUAUAAGCCAUGCUGAUAUCCUGGACUCAGGAAUUAACUCCUGCUUAGGAAAAUUCUCCAAUCUGGCUUGUCUUUUGUUUGUGCCCAGAGUCUGUCCUAGGCCUGUCCCCAGCUGUUUUGCUAUACCGCAUGCUUAAGGUGCAGCUUGUUACAGCUAAAAUGAUUUACUCAAAAACAGAACACACACAACAGUGAAAAGUGCCUAGAUCAUUUCGAGGCAUGUUAAAUCUGUGAAUCGGGGGGAAGCAUGGAGUCUUACCUUUCUUCCCUGUGACUUGGGUGAGCACUGCCCUGAACGCUUUCUAGUGCAGAGCUGGCUGACCUUGGCCAAGACACCUCCAUCUUGGCUACACAUUAUCAUUUGGGACAUUUAAAAUUCUUGUCCAGGGCUCCCUCCUGACAUUGACGGUUAAUUUGCCUGCUGUGUAACCUGGGGUUUAAAAGCUCCCUAGAUAAUUCUAAUGGGCAGCCAAGGUUGAGAGUCACCUUCUGGGUGAACCUGGGUGGCCUUUGGCAAGAGAACCUCAAUCAGGUUCUUUUUCUCAUCAGAGACCUUUAUUGAUAUCCCAGGCAUGGCUCUGAGUUUAAAGCUUACGGUGGGCCAAGGCUCAGGCAGUAAAAGGGGUCAUUCAUUUAUCCUCAGAGUAAUCCUGGAGAGAGAGAUGUUGCCAUCCAUCCGGUUUCCUCUUUAUACCAACACAAAGGCUGCGUAAGUAAGCAAAACAUGUUUUCAAAGUCCAGUCUCUAGAACCUACUUUCCUUUGCAUAGGUGAUUUGAGUGGCGAUUUCUCAAUUCUGCUAGCUAAAAUAGAACCCUUGACCUUAUUAACAGAGCCAAGCCCAUGCCACCUAGGGGGACUUCUAUUUGUAAAAUAAACACGAAGCUUUGUUAAAGUUCCUGGGGUGAUGGUAAUACAUCCAGUUAUUUGUCUCUCAGCUGUCUUCUACGUGGGAUUUCAAUGUAAAGUGACUCAUAUUUUUCCUUAUUUCUUUGUGAAUGAAAUGCACUAGCUAAGGCUUAAAUGUUUCUGAAUUUUUUAUGAAAUAUGAAAUGAGUCAUUUUAGCAUCUUUGUUCCAGGAUUUCAAAGACUUAACACAAUAAUUCCCAAAUGAGGUUCCAUAUCUUUCCUUCUUCCCACCCCAGGUAGUAAAGAUACCUUCCCAUGGCAUUGUCACACAUGGUAAUGGGAAGGGGAGAACUGUUUGAUUUCCCAUAAAAAGUGAGAGCCACUGUUCACGCUAAGGAGCUACCCAGUGAUUUCUAAUUCAUGAAAGAAAUGUGUGUCUCAGAGCAGGUUCAGACAUAGCAGACUCUCCUGAGAGAAUUCUGGGCACCGUAGAAAUUCAUUCAUGUAUUGCCUACAAAUAACUGAUUAUUUAAACUUCAAGUGGGUGGUGUGUUUGAGAAGAAAAAGUGGGUCGAAAAGGAAAGUGGUUCGUGCAGAGGACUGAAUUACCACCAGGCUAUGAAAUGUCAUCACAGUAAUAAUAUUGGGCCUGGCUGUUUGCUUAGCAUGUGAACGCUGCAGUGUCGCUUAGAGAAGAUGCCUCCUUUGCCUUAGAAACUUGCGAAGGCUUCCUGAGAUUGGGUGGGACUGGAAAGGGGAGCCUUUGGGACUUGUAUGCAUCCGGAGAGUUGCCCUUCGGGGCUCUUGUACUGAAGAGCAUUGUGCAGUACUGUGAAACGUUGCUGAACUUUAUGCAAUCAUGCCGCACUGGAUAUUAAGAUUUGGGGGGAAAGUAGAGGAGGAUGGGGAAGUGAUGGUAAAAAAUAAUAAAUAUGUAAGGAAACUUGUACUAUAUUUUAAGCAAGGAAUGAAACAUUCCGUCGGGACUGUGAAGUUGGGUCAAGUUGUUCUGCCCUCCUGGGUCAGCUUGCUGAUUCCUCCGAAACCUCUAAGAAAUCCUUUGUGAAACAGCUAACCAGAUGCUGGCGUGACCCCAGUUUCCCCACCCUGCUCCCCCCACCCCCCGAAAGAAAAACAUUCCCAAACUCUAGGCAAAAGCAGCGUGCUCUGCGCAGCCCAUUCCCUUUUCAUCUGCGGUGGUCUGUCUGUGCUCACAGGUGUAGCCCGUUGCAUUUUUGUGUGAUCUCGUGGCGGACCUUAAAGAGAUCUGCCAGUUCAGUCAGGAACCAGUGGCUCUCCUUUCGGAAAUCUGAAAGUCAGGACUCAGGGGCGCGGCGGCAUACGGGAGGAGAGGGAGACGAACGUCGGAAGAGCACUUGGCUUUCCCGGCUCCUGGUUUCAGGGUGGGACCCGCUCGUGUUCUGUCUCCGAGAGGAGCAGAGAAGGCUGAGGGUUCAGACAGAAGAGUCAUGUAGCCGAAUCCGGUUUCCUUCAGAUGGACGUGGUCUGAAAGGAACCUGUCAACUGUUCUCUAUGGUGCUUAUUGGGUGGGUGACACUGUCCCCAUCCACCUGUCCCUGGCACUGUGCCUUCCCACUGGUCACUGUGAAAAGCAGAUCACACUGGACUCAGAGGCCAGACUCCAGGACAAUUUCCCCUCAUCUUGAGCCCAUCACUUCUUCAUUCAGCUAAUAAUGUAGCACUUACUUCUCUUUGGAAAACUCUUGGGGUUUCCCCCCAAGAAGCAGUAAAGCAUUUAAAGGAAAAUAGUGGUAGCUGUCAAAUAAAGAGAUUACAGGGAAGUUUCACUUCCCCUGAGCUGAUACUGACUGAUAGCAAGGACCAACGAUGCCCCUCCGUCUGAGUUUUUAAAGGCUACCAUGAUAUUUGUAAGCAACAAAGUUAUCUAACAUUUUUUCACAACUUGCUAAACAAGGAUUUAUCUUAAAACAGACAAUCAAUUUCUAAAAUGUUAUCCCUAAAAGGGAAAGAGAUAGUUUUUAACUAUUAGAACCCACCGGUCUGUUUUCCCCUUUGAAAGAUCUAACCCUGCGGUUCGUGUCUUUCAUCCGCAGCGAUUACUCCAAGUCGCUCAGCGCUGCCUCAGAAAAGUCAGUGAGCCAGGCUCACGCCUGCACCUCGGAGGGUGCCGGGCUGGGUUUGUGCAUCAUAUUUCCUUAGAGAAUAUCUGUUUUUAUUAUGACCUUAAUUAUAAGUACCUAUAUAUAGGAAUAGGAUUUCCUCUCACCCCGCUCUCUUUUAAUCAUUGUCACUUAAGUGUAAACCACACCCCUCCACACCCCUUUUACUGAAAAAAUGCACUUUAAUUCCUAAGGAGAGUGGCUGUUCCAGCCCUAAAGCCAGAUUACUUCAGGAGGAGAGUUGAGGAGGGAGAACUCUUUUGCCAGACCCUGUGAAAUCAACCAAAUUCCUUAAUGUAAACACACAAAUAAUAUCCAUUUUUAAGCCACCCCCACCCCCUGCCAAAGGGAAAAAAGAAACCACCAGAAUGAAUAAGUUCAAAAUGCCUACUCUGACUAGAAGUUUCACUGGGGAAAGUACCCAACAUUAAGUUAUUUUCUCAUCUACCAAACCGUCAGAAACUUCUGGGGUGUUUUGUGGGAGGCUGAGUUUUUUUCUUAUUAAAAAGUCAAGUGAAAACACAAAGACUAUAAGGCAUGAGUCUGAUUUGUAUCAUUUCUGAGUAUCAGAUUUGUUCUUGCCCUUAAUUUGACAGGUGUUCUCAGUCUCUCCUCCUGUAGGUUCUGUCCUUCCCCUGAUGACAAGCCAAUCGUUCUUGGUGGGGUUGCAUGUCUCCUAGAGCCCCAGGAGCCCUGUUGUGUCGGGGAGGGGGGAGGGCAGGAGGGU